CUUGCUCGCUCGCUCGCUCGCCCGCCCGUUCGCUCGCUCGCCCGUUCGCUUCGUCGUCUCGCUCGCUUCGUCUCCUCCGUGGCUGUGAUGCGACUUGGCUCACGACGACGCGCUUUGGAAGGAAAUGGACGUGAAGUGAAAUAGGAAGAAGCAAAUAAGAGUCGUCGUCGGCGUCAUACCAUUGAAAGGUUUUUCCCCGUGAGGACGUUGGAACUUGUAUUCCUCCUCCCAGUUCAUCUCCCGUCAUUCUUGUCUUUACCCUUCACCUCUCACCCCUCUCCUAUCACCCCUCUCCCCUCACCCCUCUCCCCUCUCCCCUCUCCUCUCACCCCUCAGCUCCAAACACUCCCCGUCAUCCUGACCUACUAACUGUAACUAUAAUCCACAAAACUAUCAUUCCUCCUUCGUCUCCAGCACCCAGUAACCUCUCACUGCUUUCAGUCCCAGAUCCCCCUCCCUCUCUCCUCUCUUCCCUCCCUGCCCCUCUCCCCAUCUCCUCCCCCUUCCCCUCCUCUCCCUUCCCCUCCCCCCCUUCCCCUCCUCUCCCUCCCUGCUGCAAGUCCUUUCCCCGGAUCCGACUCGCGCGAUGUUAAGACGGUGCAACUCCGAUGACUUCGGCGGGAGGCAGUGGUCGUCCCUGGCCGUCCUGCCCUCUACGAUGCUGCCCCGCGCCCAUUACGCCCGCAGGAGGUCGUCCUCACACACCCUGCAGCACCCCCGCCGCAGCGCGUCGUCCUCAUUCUCGUCGUCCUCCUCGUCUUCGUCGAAGUCGUCGACCUUGAAGGCGAGUUCCCGAGAGGUCCACAUGCGAGCUCUGAGUGAGCUCCAGAGUGCUGCCUCCCGUCUGCCACACCCAGGUGAGUGCCCCCUUUCCGUCUCCCGCAGAAGGCGUCGCAAGGGUUGGUGGACUCCACAGUUGUGCAAAUGCAAGAAAAAAACGGUGCCUGCUGAGAACUGUAUCCUUGAGAGUUCCUGA